CGGUGUCGGGUCCUCGAUUCCGGCCACCACCGUCCCCUGUCGACUACCUUGCCUUACUUUCACGCCGCAUCACUCUCCCCUCCCCUCCUCCCGACAGAAAUCGGCCAUUAGGUUCCCUCCUAGUGCCGUCAUUUUAUUUCCAAUACUUUCCAAUACCGCACUGUCACAUACCCAAGUUUGGUGAAAAUGGCUUGUGCUUCGCCUAACGGUGCUGCGCAGGGUGACAUGGCCGCCCCCUCCGCCGCUACCAAUGCCUCGCCCCGACAAGCAAUCAUUCCCAAAAAAGUCACAUUUGAGCUUCUCUUCACUGAAUCCCAGGCGCGCGGGCGGCUACCCAUGCGAGUUCACAUUUACCCCCAUGAUACCACCGAUUCCAUUGUCACUACGGUCAAGAAUUUCUAUGGUCUAUAUCCAGGCGCAAAUGGCGGCUUGGGCGUGAGCUUUGAAGACCAAGACGGGACAACCCUCAUCGCGCGCUACGAGAACUUUCGCCAUGAUAUGACCGUCUAUGUACGGGUCACUGAAGAGCCGCCGGCUACCGUGACCCCCUUCAUCGCACCCCCAUACAAGUCCAGUGUCUCUGGUGCCCCAUAUAACGAGUCGGACUCUACUUUCCCGCGCCAACCCACAACAACACACUUGGGUCGGGAUCUUUCGAGGUCUCCCCGUCGCCGCAGCCCGUCACCGAACGGCACCCGUGGUCGCCGCAGUGCGUCUGCGAAUACAAACCCCAAUGCUUCCAAGAAAAGCCGCUCUCGGUCGGUCAAGGAGUCGGCCGCCGACAUCUACAGCGAAACUAUGAACGGCUAUAGCAGCGGCGAUGGCGCCCCGAGUUCCAGCUCUGGCAGAGCCAAAGAACAUAUUGGGAACACAGAUAUCAGUGUCGAAAACAUUGUCGAAGGAGGCCGCCGAAAGCGGGCCAAGUUUGAGAGCUCGGAACUUCCACUGUUUGCUCCGCCCCAAAUGCCUGCGGCCACCUCGAAUCCCUCCAUCUCCCCUGCUCGUCGGGUCGAACACAAUCGUCCCUCUCUACCUUUUGUACAACCGAGACAUAACACUUUUGCCCACGUACCGCCUCUGCACUCCCCUCAGCAGCAGGGAACAGUGGCUGGGCACACUGCGCAGUUCGCGACCCCGGCGCCAGAUACCCGCCGCGCUCGUGGAAGCAUUGGAUACCCUGAACACAACAAUGGCAUUCUCCCAACGCCAGACCCCACUGUCGGGAGCUGCAUGUCAGAGGAAGACAAAGAUGUCGCCAUUCAGCUGAUGCGGCUGGGCGAGAUGUCUAAUAUAUCUCACGGUAGAACGUCUGCUUCUACCUUGGACGAUACUUUCAGUGGUCAUGCAGACAUCGCCUCGUCUACCGGAGCCACUAGUGAUGGUGAGAGUGACAGCGAGGAGGAGCCUCUCCCUGAGUCCCGGCGCCAGAAGCUAGAUGCUGCCGGCGCCAUGCGCAAGAUCUAUCAGACUACAGACAGUCACUUCCAGCCCGCCGCCAAUGGUGGCCACGCUCAUGGCGACGUCGUCGCCGACUUCGAGGACGGCAUGGAUGUCUCGACAACUGAAGAUGCCAAAGCCAGAGCCCCGAAAACAAAGACUCCUCUUCCCGACGGGCCGAGGCAUAGAGCAUCAUCAACCGGAACCAAGACCAGUAGUAAGUCGAACAAGGGUCCAAAGGCCCCACGUGCUGGUCCCAAUGGCAAGAUGAAGAAAGCCGCCUCUAUUCCUGCCAUGAGCAAUGGCCCGAUGUCGCCUACAUCGCUGCCCCCCUCUCGCAAGCCCUCCAAUGCCUCGGCCGUCGCGCUCCCGCCUGGAAUCGGCGAGGAAGACCAGGUUGACCUAUCCGCCAAACCCCGGUGCCAACGUUGCCGCAAGAGCAAGAAGGGAUGUGACAGGCAACGCCCUUGCGGCCGCUGCCGCGACGCCGGCCUGAGUGCCGACCAGUGCAUCAGCGAGGACGAAGGAAACGGACGCAAAGGUCGUUACGGACGUCACAUGGGCGUUCCCAUCAAGAAAGAGGAGAUCCUGAAAGAUCACCACCCCUCGCUGCUCCCGGCUGCCCCCAUAUCGACGGCGCCUACUACCGCGGCCGACAAGAAUAAGAAGCGCAAGCGGUAGAUUCGGCGGUAAAUCGACGAAGCUCCUCUCUCUCUUGCUCUUUUGCAAGGAGCAAAAAACUGAGACACUAGCACAUUUUCGGGAGUCGAAUUCUUUUUUCGUUUUUUUUUGUUUUUGUUACGGCUCUGGCGUGCGGGAAGGACGUAAUGGGGAUAGCCCGGCCUGGCGCGGCCACUUACACUCCCUACCGGCGUUCCGGAA